AUGUUCUUCUUCUUCUUCUUUUUUAAAGUGAAAACCUGGUUCCAGAACCGGCGGAUGAAGCACAAGAAGCAGCUGCGGAAGGCUCAGGAUGACCGGAAGGGCCCCGGAGAGAUGGACAACUCCAGCGAGAACGAGCUCCAGGACCGGGGUCCCGAGGGGCCGAAGCCUGGCCGGGAUUCAGGCCCCGAUCCCGGCCUGGAGCCCGGCCUGGAGCCCGGUCUGGAACCGGACUCCUACCUCCUGGAGGACCACGAUGACGACGUGGACAUCGAGGACGACAUCUGCUCCCCGGACCUACUAUAG